AUGACGAGAUUCAACCUGAGUUACAAUGAGGGCAUUCAAGAGCUGCCUGCAGGAGUUUUCGGAGAAGUCUCAUUCGAAGAACUAUUCAUUUACCGCACUUCCAUUAGCAGCGUCCAUCCACAUGCAAUCCUACCCUCAAAAGACCGUCUUUGGGAUCUGCAAAUGGGGUACGGCGUACUGAAGAGCUUCCCUUGGGACAUCCUCCCCGAAUUCAAGAAAAUCAUUCGGAUCUCCCUCUAUAAUAAUGUAUUCAACGCUUGGCAAUUGCUUCAAAGUGAAAGCUUGGAAAUCAUCAUUCUAUCUCGGAAUAACAUAUCCUAUCUAGAGCCUGGGUUUCAUCUCCCAAGCUUACGUGUUCUUGACGUGGGCUUAACAGUUAAUACGAAACUGAAUUUAUCGAGAAACAAAAUCGAGGAACUGACGGAGGAGGUCUUCCUUCCCAUGUUUGAUGUCCUCUCGCAGGGGAAUGGAUCCAUCGAUCUUCGCGAGAAUCCCAUUCGGUGUGACUGUAGCAUGGCCUGGAUAGUGCAUAACCCGAGUUUCCUGGCUAGCGUAUUGGGUGAAUGUACAAAUGGAACUGAUUUGCAAGACCUGGAUCCGACCUUAUUUGAAGAAUUCUGCAAUCACACGGAUCUACACUUGCAGCCAAAUUCUACAGAAUGGGCGCAAAACCCUUGUCCCGACUCCGUGGAUAUCUUUCCCUGCACCUGCAACCACGAGGAAAGCACCAACGCAACGGUCGUUGACUGUUCGAAUGUGAGCUCAAUUGACAAAGUCUCCAACAUCUUUAACAAGGAGGUCUGGCCAUCUACGGAACUCACGAGAUUCAACCUGAGUUACAAUGAGGGCAUUCAAGAGCUGCCUGCAGGAGUAUUCGGAGAAGUCUCAUUCGAAGAACUAUUCAUUUACCGCACUUCCAUUAACAGCGUCCAUCCACAUGCAAUCCUACCCUUAAAAGAUCGUCUUUUGGAUCUGCAAGUGGGGUACGGCGUACUGGAGAGCUUCCCUUGGGACACCCUCCCCGAAUUCAAGAAAAUCUUUCGGAUCUCCCUCCAUAAUAAUGUGCUCAACGCUUGGCCAUUGCUUCAAAGCUUAACAGUUAAUACGAAACUGAUUUUAUCGAGAAACAAAAUCGAGGAACUGACGGAGGAGGUCUUCCUUCCCAUGUUUGAGGUCCUCUCGCAGGGGAAUGGAUCCAUCGAUCUUCGC